GCUCCCCAUGAAACGCUCCCCAGGGGAGCGUUUCAUCAAUAUUUUCAUCCGACAAGUUGUCAGAUCUGACAUCUUUCUCUGAUGUUGAUUGGCUGAGAGGUACUGUUACUAUGGUAACUGUCGGAUAAAAUGGGACUUGUCUGAUAAAACGUCCGACAAGUCCUUUCAUGAAACGCCCCCCCCCGGUCAAAAUACCACUGUGUGCCUAUCAUGGUGCCUAUGCAGUGCCUAUGAUAUAUGCACGGCACGGACUAUGUAUGUAACCAAGGAGGGAGGGGGUUUGCGCUCCCCAUAGAAACCGGAUUGUAUACAGCGCGACAACGCGACCACCACUGCACUGACUGGAGCUGCACUUACUCACCGCUGGCUACUUAGCAUUUCACUGUUUUGAAGUCGAAAUACAACACUUUCCGAUAUAUCGAUUGACAUUCGACUGCGAAAAAAAAGAAAUAUUUGACGAAACGGGCCUAAAAAUGCCAAAGUCAAGAGCUCAUGCACCUUCUACUGCAGAGGAUGGAAUUUGGUUCCAAACUCGAGGCUGGUCAACAAAGAGCGAGAUGAGAAACACAGGUACUACAACAGGACUUAUGCUGAGUACAAAGUUCCAUCCAGAAGGCUCUUCUCAACCUCCCCCACCAGCAUAUAAUGAAUUAGCAGAGAAGACCUACAUACAUGAGAACCCAUUCUCAAUGCAUGACAACAGAAACUCAUUCCAGGAUCAUGGUGUAUAUUUUGGGCAUGGCCUUGGAAAGAAGUUAGAGCAUGGCUCGAAAAGACAGCACAACUCUGAAGACUUUGUGACGUGGAAGUCACCAGACCGGCUCUACAAGACAGAUUAUCAAGCUGAAUACCAAGGCAAACCAACUAAGAACCCACCUACGACUAGGAGAUUCACAAGGAAAUAUCCUGAACCUGAUCAAGGGUUAAUAGAACUUCCUACCUCCACCACACAUACCUUUGAACCUCCCAAGGUACCCUAUGCUACACCAACACAGGUGCUUGUUUCAAGUAAAGAACCACACCUGAAACCUAACCCUUGGAAAUAUUCAUACAAAGCCUAUGUCAGAUAGGUUCCAGAACUCACUAUGUGACUACCCAAGCUUUCGUAGAGGCAAAUAUAACUGCAGUGAAAGAGCUUUGGUGCUCCUGUGGACAUCAACAGAUUUCAGACUGUACUGUGGUCUCCUGCAGUCAAGGACCUUCAACGUUUCUGCUGAUGUCAAAUGCUUUUUUGAAAUGACAUGGCUAUGCCAACUGCUACAGAGGCAACUCACUACAAAGAGCUUGGAUGCUCCAGCGAUUGCCAAUUGUUCAAGGACUAAUUAGCACUCUAUAGCAUUUGAUUCCUGGAGCCUACAUAUAUCAGUACAACAGUUUCCUCACUCCAUGUCAGCUGCGAGGUCCACCUAGAACUCAUCUGAGCAAUAAGUAACAGGACCUACUUGUAGUUGUGCAGGUCAUCCAGUGUAGAGAAUGGAAGAUGUGCUUUUCUCUCUCUGUUUCAUGUUCUUGUGUGUGCAAGGCAAAUUUUGAUAUGCAUCAAUCAAAGUGAUAUUGGCUAUGCAAAAUGAUGUGAUGAUUGUGUGCUCCCAAUUUGUAUGCAGGGUGAACAAUUUUUAAAAGAUUUACUAAUGCUUGCCUGUACGUGGUUGAUAUACGGUAAAUGAAAAGAUAUGGAGAUCAAAUUAAAAUUUAUUUUGCCUACAGAUUUGUCUACCAAAUCAUGUGGUUGCUAUUAAGUUUUCCUCAUAGUUUCAAUCGCAUAUAUGUAAAUUGCUCAUCAACUUCAGAGAUGCAAACUAUAAACCAUAGUAAUUACCAAAUAGAGCAGAAUUAUACAAUACAUCUACCUUACAUUGAAAGAUGGACUAAUAUGAAAGGUUAUUCAAACUUAAUUCAAUAUUGCUAUAUAAUUGCUUUUAGCCUCAUGUCUGAUUAGGCAUUGUGUUUUUUUUUUAGGAUUUAUUAAUCUACAGUUAGUGAUGUUAAGAAAUUCCAUGUUAAUCAAUUCUGCACUUUCUUGCCAUAUUUGAGGGGUUUUGAAAGCAACUUGAAGUUACACAGAAAAUCAAAGGAUUUGUAUUUUGGGGGAUGGAUACAUACAAGUACAAGAUAAUUGUCUCACAGAAAACAGUUUUUAUUCAUGUCAGGUGAUAGUCUUCCAUCGUACUUUGUAAGGUUGUUGGAUUACCCAGUUUCAGAGACUGGCUUUAUACUGAA